AUGCACGUCUCAAGAGUUCUCGCCGCAGAAUCCUGGCGUGCUGCAGUCGAAAGCAGAAACAAAUGCAUCAAUGCUCUCAUCGCUGUCGCACCAAACACGUCGACGCACGGACCAUCAACUUCUCAAACCAAGAGCGCCAAACUGGAGGGCUUGUCGCUCGCUGUAAAGGAUAACAUUGCGACGCGCGACUUGAGGACGACUUGCGCGUCGCGUCUACUUUCAGACUAUACACCUCCAUUUGACGCGACUGCAGUACGGCUGCUACGCGACGCGGGAGCCAGUGUUAUUGGGAAGGCGAACUGUGACGAGUUUGGAAUGGGCUCCCUGAAUACACAUUCAGCGUUUGGGCCUGUCGUGAAUCCAUACGACCCAAACGCUCGACGCUCGGCUGGAGGAAGCUCUGGAGGAAGUGCCGCUGCCGUUGCUGCCGGAUUUUGUGACGCCGCACUCGGCACGGACACCGGAGGAUCCGUGCGACUCCCAGCAUCUUACUGCGGCGUUGUAGGCUUCAAACCAUCAUAUGGCAUUAUAAGUAGAUGGGGAGUGGUCUCCUUCGCAGACAGUCUCGACUGUGUGGGCGUGCUCACCCACACCGUCAAAGGUGCACAGGCUGUCUUCGACGUAAUCGCACAACACGACCCUCGCGACCCAACGGCCGCCCCCACUCAUGUCCGCAAACGCGCUUCCGCUGCCGUACGGAAGCAUGCAUGGGGCGGGGAGCACACCGAUGGUGACCUAAAAGGGCUGAGAAUUGGGAUUCCGCAGGAAUAUUUUCCCGCCGAGCUCUCUCCGCCUCCUGGUCUACACACUCUUCUCUCGCAUCUCCAAUCACACGGGGCGUCGCUUGUUCCCGUCUCGCUGCCUGCGACACGUGCGGCACUCUCUGCGUACUACGUCCUCGCGAGCGCGGAGGCGUCUAGUGAUUUGGCGAGGUUUGAUGGUGUGCGAUAUGGUCAACAUGUACCUCCAGCUCCAGGGACAACUGCCUCCACGGCGGAUGUAUACGCGCAUACGCGAAGCGUGAUGUUAGGUAGAGAAGUGAGGAAGCGGAUUUUGCUAGGUAGUUUUGCUCUUAGUGCCGGGGCAUUUGACAACUACUACCUUCAAGCCCAACGCGUCCGGUCGCGGGUCCGAUCCGACUUUGACGCUGUCUUCCGUGUGCCAAAUGCCCUCCGCGCUCCUCCCGCUGCAUCGACCUCAAACCCCAUCACUGACAUAGUAGCGCCAAACGAACCUGGCGUCGACGUCCUCCUACACCCGUCCGCCAUUGGUCCUGCCCCACCCCUCCCCUCUCUAGAAGAAACCGAAACAGGGAAAGAAAGGGAAGAGUCGCUCGAUACAUACCUUCAGGAUGUGCUUACAGUCCCCGCGUCCCUCGCGGGCUUGCCAGCGCUGAGCGUGCCGCUCAACCCUCGCUCACCUCAUGGGGACGAGACAAACAGUGAUAUCGGGGAAGGAGAGUGGCCGGUGGGUGUGAGCGUGGUGGGCCAGUGGGGCGCAGACGAGCUUGUGUUUAGGGUUGGGAAGGUCGUCGAGAAGGUUGUGAGGGAAAUGAAGAGCUGAAAAGAUGUUUUGGAUGCGAACCGUGUUUGUCUCUUGCCGCUCUGCAUCUGUGCGAUGAACCACGUUUACAUUUGGGUGCGUGUUUGCUCGUCUCAUGAUGAUUUCAGCAUAAACUACUUGUUAGGGACUUUAUAAUGUAACACAAAAACGUGAUAAGCCAUAAGAUCUACGAAG